AUGGACAAGAGGGUCAUUGGUGCGCAAAAAUUGGCAACAGUCCUUGUGGGGUUGGGGUUUGGAAGUUUAUCUGUCUGCACUGGAAUUUUAUGGCUACUCAUUCCACCAUCAAGUGAUUCUGAAGAUACACUGAACUGGAACCUAAACGGGGAUGAGACCUACACUGUUAAAUCUGUUUAUCUUUUUGCCUCUAAUUCAAACCAGCAUAUAGAACAUUGGCCCCGGAGGCAAAUCUGGAAAGUUAGGAAAUCUCUCAAGGUGCUACAGGAACCAAUAGCCAUUUGUUUCUUUACUGUCCUAUCACUGACCAACUAUGGAGGUUCGAGGAAUAGGAAUGGAGUAGGCAUUCUAGUUGAUAGAGAACUUAGGGAGCAGGUGGUAGAGAUUAGGAGGGUGAACGACAUGAUGAUGAUUAAGUUAGUCAUUGGAGGGCUUACUUUGAGCAUAAUUAGUGCUUAUGCACCUGAAGCGGACUUAGGAGAGGAGGUCAAGAAGCGUUUUUGGGAGGAUUUGGAUGAGGUUGUGAGAGCUAAUUCGAGUUUCUCGAAGAGGGAGGAGCACCUGGUAACCUUCCGUAGUUCGAUGGCUAGGACUCAGAUUGAUUACUUACUGCUUAGGAAGGCUGAUAGAGUUCUCUUUAAGGAUCGCAAGGUUAUCCCGAGUAAGAAUCUAACCACCCAACAUAAGCUCUUGGCGAUGGAUUUGAAAAUUAAGAGGAAGAGGCAAAAGAAGGCCUUGUGCAUCAGGCCCGAGGAUCAAAUUGGGUUGGCUUGA